AUGAUUCUUCGUCGAAUGUUCCCCUUACUUUGCUUGGUCGUGUUAACGACGUUCGUUUUCAGUGAGUGUAGUGCCAGUUUAUUUAAACGCCGAGUUCAAUCCGUUUCAGCCCGUAACUUGUUUAAUAGUUGGCGUAAGAAAGAUGCCAAUACGGAUAGGCUAUCACCCGGCCAACUGCUCAAAAACUGGCGUAGCAAAUCAAAAGGAAAAGGUAGUGUCGACAAGCUUUCAGCCGGCCAGUUGCUCAACGGCUGGAGAAGGAAAGCGAGUUCCGGUGGUGACACAAUAUCACCUGGCCGGCUGUUACAAGGUUGGCGAAGAAAUGUGGAAGUACAAGAAGCCAAUCGUCUACCUCAAAAUGUCGAAACCUUUUUUACAACACCGGAUAUUAUCAGGAAUCGGGGCUACCCUGUCGAAAUUCAUCACGUGACCAGUGAAGACGGGUACAUUUUGGAACUGCAUCGAAUUCCGGCCAUACUGUCGACGGACGGCACUCAUGGGAAGGCCGUUUUCCUGCAACACGGAGUGCUGGAAGCUUCCAGCACUUGGUUCGUCAAUCCUUCCAAUCGUUCACUCCCGCUAUUAUUGGCGGACAAGUCGUAUGACGUGUGGUUAGGCAAUUUCAGGGGCAAUCGCUAUUCGAGGAGACACGUCAAAUUCGAUCCCAGACAAACUGAUUUUUGGAGAUUCAGCUGGGAUGAAAUAGGAACGUUUGACAUCCCAGUCGUAAUAAAUUACAUCCUGUCUGUGACGGGCCUUCCAACUUUGUCUUACAUCGGACACUCGUUGGGAUGCGGAGUUUUCUUCAUCGCCAUGGCCAAACACCCGGAACUCAACGCUAAAAUCGACACCAUGGUUGCUCUUGCGCCGCUUUCGUCUUUUGCCCAUUUCACCACAGGAAUUUUUCGUAAAUUGUCUCCGUAUGGAAAUGCCAUAGAGACUUUCCUGCGGACGGUUGGAACUUGGGGAUGGCUCGACAGCGAAGGUGUAGGCGACAUUCUUCUGCAACGGAAGUGCGCACAGACUUAUCAACAAGCGAAGCGUUGCCUAAAGGCAUUAAAUAUAAUUAUGGGAUCGAACCCUGAGAAUUUGCAACUUGAGUUAAUGCCGUUGGUCAAAGCCAAUCUUUUGCACGGAACGUCCGUCCCUGUGAUAGCGCAAUUUGCCCAGAAUUACCUGGCAGGUGAAACGUUUCAGGCUUACGAUUUCGGACGCAAAGGUAACGUCAUUCGCUACGGAUCGAUCAAGCCUUUGGCGUACGCCCUAAAAAACAUUACUGCACCGGUCUACAUCUAUUCAGGAGGAGCUGAUCGGUUAGUAACCCCGCAGGAUGUGGACUGGCUUCUGACUCAACUUGGAAACAUAAAACGCUCCGUUCGCAUUCAAACUUACAACCACGGAGAUUUCCUAUGGGGAACGGAUGUCAACGAAAUGCUUUACAACAGCGUCCUGGCUGAUUUACCGCCACCGUAGUCAAAAUCGCGAUCUAAGCACAACAAAUUAUCACACGCACGCAAAAUACACAAUAUUUAUUAUCAAGAAUAGGACGAAUGCAUUUUAAAGUUUAAGCGCGCUUUUAUAAAUUGCAAGUGUUGGCAGUGACUCAGAAACUAUUAACCCAUUUGAUAUUCACCUUAAAAAAGCUGCUGGCAGACACAGAUGGAACAGGUUUGCUGCGAGGCAAAGGGUCAGACGUGCGCAAGAAUAGCAUUUCAUUCUGACAUGUUCAACAACAUAUCCGGCUUUCAGAUAAUCGAUGGACAACCGCAAACUUGUUUUCUUCGAGAGGAAAAUGCUUUUUUUUACAUAACUCUAUGCAAAUGAACGUUUUGACUGCUGACCCCAUUUUUUGCUGAAUCUCAACUAUUCCAAAGCCUUGGCAUUUGGCGUUUAAUGAGUUUGUAAUACACAGGGUCUGGAACUA